CUUUCCAUUCCCAUGGAUCGUAUUACGGGAGACUCCGAGACAUCUGCUCCGCCGCUAACAACGGAGCGCGUCCCCGCGUCUCCUGCGACCGAUCCCGUGUCCUGUCGUGCCUCCUACUCCUGCGCCUCCUCCUCCGCCAGAAUUGAGAGCUCUCCGUUAUUUGUGUAAACGCGGCGAUCAUGAGGAGCCACCGUGCAUGUGCCCUCCACGUUUUCAGGCUCUAGUCCCCUGCGCAUCCCUGCUCCAUCCCGGCGGCGGCGGUGGAGCGAUCAGCGGCACCGGUAGCAUCGAGCAGCACAUUUCUUUUUGUCUGUGCGCUCGGCAGGCUGCUUUGCUUUGCAUCCUCUCCGCUCCUGGCUACGUUGUUUUGUAGGAGAGGACAACUAAGGGCGGAUGGAAAAAACACAGAUCUACUUGUCUUAUGUUUAAAAGCGCCUCGUCGGUGGGAUAUUUAGUGUGUUUCUGGUCUUUUCGUGAGCUUUUUUGUUUGUUUUUGGCACCAUGGAGUCAGUGGAGAAGGAGUGCGGAGCGCUGGGUGGAUUAUUCCAGGCCAUCGUGAACGACAUGAAGAGUUCUUACCCUGUGUGGGAAGACUUCAGUGCCAAGGCCACAAAACUGCACUCUCAACUCAGGACCACAAUUCUGGCAGCAGUGGCCUUUUUAGAUGCCUUUCAGAAGGUGGCGGACAUGGCUACCAACUCUAGAGGUGCCACCAGGGACAUUGGCUCAGCUCUGACGAGGAUGUGUAUGAGACAUCGCAGCAUUGAGGCAAAAUUACGCCACUUCACCAAUACUCUUAUGGAAGGCCUGGUUACACCACUCCAGGACAGGAUAGAGGAAUGGAAGAAGACAGCGAAUCAGCUGGACAAAGACCACGCCAAAGAAUACAAGAGGUCUCGUCAGGAAAUCAAAAGGAAGUCAUUAGAUACCAUAAAACUCCAGAAAAAAGCACGAAAAGGCCGGGGUAACCUGCGCCCCCAGCUGGACAGUGCCAUGCAGGACGUCAGCGACUUGUACCUGCUGAUGGAGGAGACGGAGAAGCAGGCGGUGCGCAGAGCGCUCCUGGAGGAGAGGGCACGCUACUGCUCCUUCAUCAACCUGCUGCAGCCUGUCGUGAAUGUAGAGAUCGCCAUGCUGGGAGAGAUAACACAUUUACAGGCCAUCGUUGAUGACCUCACUGUGUUGACCGAAGACCCUCACAAGCUGCCACCAGCCAGCGAGCAGGUGAUCCGGGACCUGAAAGGCUCCGACUAUAGCUGGUCCUACCAGACGCCUCCUUCCUCCCCCAGCAGCACCGGCUCGAGGAAGAGCAGCAUGUGCAGUCUCCUCCAGAUGCCCUCUGCAGGAGCCCAUCGGCUCAGCAGCGUCUCCUCCCACGACUCAGGCUUCGUCUCCCAGGACGCCAACACCCAUUCUAAGCCUCCAUCACCCAUGCCCUCUGAUAUCACCAGCCAGAAAUCAACAAGCUCAGCCUCCUCUGAGGCUUCAGAAACCUGCCAAUCUGUCAGCGAGUGCAACUCUCCUACAGCGUUUGGCUCAUGCUCAUCCUUCGGUACCUUCCGCCCUGCUUUCUCUCACACUGGCACCAUCAGGCCUCUAUCUGUCAUACUUCCUGCGUCCCCCACAUUUAACCACUCCCCUGGAUCCAACACUCCCUCACCCACAUCAAAGGUUCCUAGCUGGAAGGACUGGGCCAAAUCAAGUUCCUGUGAGCCGUCGUUGGCGAGCACUCUGCAUCGUAGGAGGGAGUCCGUGGAUAAGAUGAGAGAACUGGAGGCUCCGCCCAGUCCACUGGGAUAUUCUGGGAUGCAACCAGAUGAUCCACACAGAGCGAGAAGUGGCCCAGGAACCAUGACAGCCAAGCAUGGCGAGCCCCUCUCUCCAGCAGCCAGUACACUAGCAAUGGUUCUGACCAGAGGCUUGAGUAUGGAACAGCAGAAGAGCAGCAGGGACUCUCUGCAGUACUCCAGUGGCUACAGCACCCAGACCAACACCCCCUCCUGCUCUGAGGACACCAUACCGUCACAAGGUUCUGAUUAUGAGUGCUACUCUCUGAAUGGGGACGCUGACAGUGAAGGGCAGGCAGAUUUUGACAAAUCCUCCACCAUUCCACGCCACAGUAACAUCGCUCAGAGCUACCGACGCAUGAUCCAGACCAAGAGGCCGGCUAGCACAGCCGGUCUGCCUGCAGGUAAAAGCCUGCAGGGAACUCCAAACGGCGCCGGGGGAAUCAGCUCUGGAGCCAUCGCCUCGGGGACUGCCACUAUUCGCCGGACGCCAUCUUCCAAAACUAGCGUGAGACGCACACCGUCCACAUCUGGUCCCAUUCCCAUCCGGCCCCCCAUCGUGCCUGUUAAGACUCCCACAGUGCCAGAUUCUCCGGGGUACGCUAGCCCGUCCCAGCAUCGCGUGGGCAGCGAGGAGUUUCUGUAUGGUGACGACCCAUCUGCUGGUGACUACACGAGGGCGUCUCCAAAGCGCAUGAGUCUUCCUGACACAACCUGGGGCUGCGGAAGAGGAGGGGCGGACAGGACUGUUUACGCCCAGCAGGCCCCUGGCAUGGCCGCCCACGGCUCUGAGGAGGACCCUCUGCUCGCUGCCAACCGCCACAGCCUGGUGGAGAAGAUAGGAGAGCUGGCAGCCAGCGCCCACGCUCUCGGUGAGGGUCAGUUCCCCUUCCCCAGCUCGCUGCCAGGGGAUCCAGCUCAGUUUGCAUCCCAGGAGAUGUCCUCCGUGAUGCAGGACGACGUGGAUAUGCUGGUUUCUAUACGCCGCGGGGUGAAGCUCCGCAAGACUGUAACUGAUGACAGGUCGGCUCCCAGGUUUAUUCGGUAGUUGAGGGAGAAGAACGGCUGUGAAGGAGCAGCUUGUGGUGCCCUUAUUUACAGACUGAAGCUCUGUAGUGAAAUACAGCAGCACUCAUGUAAUACAUGAACCAAGGCACAAGAAUCAAAGCGGUGAUUGAAGGCCAGUCGACAGCGUAAUGAGUGACCAUGGACAAUGUCAAGUCAUUUCAUGUCAUGUAUGUAUUGCGUACAAAGUAAUCCAUAUUUUUUUGGUUUUUAAUCCUUCUUUUCGUUUUGUUUUUGUCUGUGGGCUUCGUGGCUGUGCAUCUCUGCUCCCUGUGUGACCAGUCGUUUCAGCCCAGUUUGUCCCAGUUUAGACGGAAUGCUCUGUGUCUUUGUUCUUGCUCUUAUUAUUAUUAUAAUAUUGUGCAUCAUUUUUCAAUUAACAUGGCCACCUGUCAGUGCAGAGUGAUGGGCGCAGUGCUCCUGUCUGUAUGUUGUGUUUUCUCAUCGUUACUGUAAAAGUACCGUAUUAUUGUUUUCCUUUCAUAAGCUGACCAGCAGCUGUGUAAGUCAUGUAAAAAUAGAAGCAAUAUGGCAGUGUUUUUAUUGCUGUACUGUACUGUCAAUAUAUUCUGCAAUUAAACAGGCUUUUUACUGUUAAA